AUGCGGAAUGCAGAGGCGGAUGCCUCGCGUAUUCAUCCUUCAUCUGAACCACUGCUAGCAACUCCUCUACAAACUCCUCUCUCCGCAGCACAGUUUACUUCUUUAGAAAUACAGAGACUCGAGCAGCUUCUGUCAAGACUUGAUUCAUUUAUAAGCCCUACAGAUACUCCAUUCAAGAAACACAUUCUUCCAAGUGGAAUUCGGAGUCGGUUGUUUUCUGCACUGGUUCAUGAAUUUCCACAAUGGCCUCAUUCGAGAGCAAGCACUGAACAACGACUAGCAUUGAUGCAUAGACACAAUAAUUCGGUACAUACACAUUCUUCUGGAUCACCCACUUUGCAUGCUACUGCUGGCGAUGGAAAGAGAAAGUUGUCGUUUACUUUGGCAAACUCCUCAUCUACGUGUCUUGCAGGAUCGUCAAACUCGGGACUAAAAUCUCCAGAUCCAUUCACAUCUACCUUGCAAAACAGUCCAUUCUUUUCACGAUUACGAGCAGCCUUGAAUGACUCUUCUGAGAAUAAUUUUCCGCUUCAACUCGAAUCUCAGAGAUCAUUGCCUGUAUCUUCACAACCCAUACCUGCAGCCAUAUUUAAAACUGCAUCUUCCUCAUCAUUACGGGACACAAACUCUAUUCAACUUGAUACACUUGAAACAAAACACUUGAAAACGUCUGUAUCUCCGUCAAAAAGACCUGCACCCACCAUUCAUACUAGUACAUCUAUAAUCUCAUCGCCUCAACGAGAAUCAAAACGAACCAAACAGAAAUCACCGAUUACUCCAACAGAUUCAGAUGAUAUCACGGCAUCUGCUUUAGAUACGACCACGCCAUUAUUUCAACAGGAUUUGAAAACAAAGAUAUCGACUGAAACUGCAUUUUUGCAGUGCUCUUUGGAAACAGAUUUGACAGUAAAUAAUGGUACAGUGGACUCUACUUGUACUUUGAAAGAAAUAGCUGAAAAUAAUGAUUUGGAUGGAUCAGCAAAGCAAGACCAUGGUGGAAAUGACGAACCUGUAUUACCUAUAUCUCAAAAGGCUGAAACUGUAUCUACAGUAAUGGAUAUACUUUUACCCAAUAGUGAAGAGUCUAUAUUGCUACCAGAAGCUUUUGUUUGUCCACAACAGCAAUUACGGUCUCGCGAAAGACGACAGGCUCGGAAGAAUACGUUUACUUCAAGUCGUGGAGUAGAUACCCCCGCAUCGAGAAACAGUCCCAAACUGGGAAAGGAACGAACCAACACAAGUAAAAAUACUGUUGAAACGAGAUCUGCCACCAGAUCAAUGCAAUCCUUGGCUGGAUCAGCAGGUAAAAACCCCGAUUCAAAAAGCAAUAGACGUGCAAAACUUGCAUCCGGAAGUCUUGGUGAUGUCAGAGAGUAUCGGCAUGCAAAACGGUGUAUUCAAAGACCAGUUAUUGCACAUAGCACAUUAAAAGAUGAUCAUGAUGAUGUCAAUGUGAAUCAAGAUGUAUCCGACCGCCCAACACAGACUCCUGUACAUAGAAAGCCAUCUGAACGAAUAGCAGCGCAAAAGACACGAGCAAGCAAGAUGAUUCUUUCAGGGGCAGUUUCAGCAGUGAGUUUAAAACCAACUAAAAAGCCACGGGCAAGAAAAUCGCCUGCUUUAGCUCUUGCAUCACCACCACCAGAAGCACCUGUAACUCAAGUGAACCAAUCGCGAGGAUAA